CGCGCAUUCCGGAGUACACGCCCGAAAAGCAGCCACCUCAAUGUACAACGAGCGUGUGUCUGAAUGCCGUCUGGCAGCAAAGGCCAUACUGAUUGAAUUUACGAAACCUCUGGUCACCGUCAGACCAGUUCCACUCCCAUCUGAUGUGGUGUUUGUGGUCGCGCAUUCCGGAGUACACGCCCGAAAAGCAGCCACCUCAAUGUACAACGAGCGUGUGUCUGAAUGCCGUCUGGCAGCAAAGAUUCUGACGUUAAACUCACCGAAACCAACAGUUCCUGUGGAUAACAAACCGCUUUGCUUAGUGGACGCCCAACUCGCGUGGGGAAUGGCAAGGCCGGGUGAUAUGGUGCGUAGCGUGGCUGGUUCAACAUCCAUCGUGAAGCGAUUCUUGAAGCCUGGUAUAACCGAACGAAGCGAGUUAUCUAGUGUGCCUCUGUCUGCUGAGGAGAUCGAUUCAUGUCUGACACCUAGAACUAAGAACAUGAGUGAAUUUCGUCUACAAGAACGUGCAGAACACGUGUACGCUGAAGCCGAACGCACUCUGGCCUUUUACGACCUCUGUAACCCGCUCACACCUGCAGGGGACGUUGAAAAUGCACAAGCGAUCACUCAGAAACUCGGUGAACUGAUGAAUGAGAGUCAGCGAUCAUGCGCACAGCUGUAUGACUGUUCCUGUCCAGCUCUGGACGAACUGAUUUCAAUCUGCAGAUCUGCAGGUGCGAUUGGCAGUCGACUCACUGGCGCUGGUUGGGGUGGUUGCACCGUCUCCUUAGUACCCAAAGCAAUAGUCUCGGAUUUCAUGAGUCGGGUACGAACGGAGUACUACCUGAAGAAGGGGAUGAAGGAAGAGGCAGUAAAGUUGAUCUUCGUCAGUAAACCCGGUCGGGCCGCCGGCUAUAUGGUUGUCAACUAGAUCUCGGUGAAUGAUCCCAAACUACGGCGAAAUUUCCCCAGACCUGCUUUUCCUAGCACUUUUUUCAAUUAUUGUGCAAUCGAUCCGUCAAUCCAUCAUCCUCUGUAGGUUGUGUGAUUUUUUUCACGUUUGUAUCUUUUUACGACGACCGGGGACUGGGUAAAAUACACAGCGAUUUUAAAUUAACUUCGAAAAAAAACUCUUGUCUCUAAAUGACUUGCUUCAGUUAGUCGU